AUGGCGCUCAUGACGAGCGUGGACAUCGGUUACUACUUGUAUGGGUUGUAUGCCUUGAAGUUCGAUCCGCCACAGCAGCAGCUGGCAGCGGCAGUGGUGCAGCUCCGCCCCACCUCCAGAGAUGGACAUGUGCUAGGUUUGGUCGGUGCGUUCGGUAUGUAUUUGAUUGCUGGCGCCAGGUGCGCUUUUCUAACCGUUCUUCAAGUCUCUGUUUUAGUUGCUUACUUAGAGGUGUUGCUGCUCUACUUGCUCAAAGAUUUUGCUGUUUGCGCUAGACAAUCUGUUUUCAAUUUGUUUAGCGUAAGAUGCUUCAGGUUCUUCUGGUUUAUUAUUAAAUGGCUUUGUGAUGAAGGGAUCAAUGGGAAGGACCAGCGUGCAGAAAAGAUUUUGCUUUCUUGCCCCACCAGUGAAGCAAAGAUAAAGGACAGAUGGUGGCAAACAUCAGUGGAAGCUCAUCACUUGAUGGCCUGA